GUGCUGGCGGUGGCGGCCGCACUUGCGUGGACGAAACCAUGGGAGAAGGGGGGGACCGCAGCGAGCUGCUGGACUCUGAAGGAAUUGUGCUGGAGCUGGGGCAGGAGAAGCAGAUGAAAGAAGUGCUAGAACUCUCAGUAUUUGAAAUGAAAAAUACAGUAGCAGAACUGGAAAAAAGACUUAACAGUGUUGAAGAUGAAGACAAUGAGUGGAAAACCAGAUAUGAAACCCAAAUAGAAUUGAACAGACAGAUAGAAAGGCAAAUUGGACUUCUACAAGGAAAGAUGGAUCAUGUUCGUAGCAGCCCAACGGACAGAUUGGCUUCUGUUCGCUCCUUUGAUCAAAUGCACAUGGAUACUUUAAAUCAGUUUCUUAAAAAACUAGGAGAUGAGAAGGAAAGUCUCCAGAACCAACUGAAAGAUUAUGAGCUGAGAUUGGAACAAGAAGCAAAGGCUUACCAUAAAGCUAAUGAUGAACGUCGUGCAUACUUAGCAGUGAUUUCACAAAUAUCAGGAUCACUAAAUCCAAUAGAGAGGCAGAAAAUGGAUGCAGCGGAAAUGAAGAGAGAAAACCACCUUCUGAGAGGAAGAUGUAACAUUCCAAGAAAUCAGAGAAUAUUGGACCCAAAGAAAGGACCAAUUAAAAAGACUGCAGGAGUGAAGCAUCUUCCAAAACUGAAGCUCUGAUUUCUUAUUCUAGGGUUUUCAUUUCCCUUAUUAUUCCUUUCCCCACUAGGAGUUAUAGUAAAAUAGAAAGUAUUAUUUUAAUGCAGAAUAUAUUAAAGUAAGCCCCCCUCACCCUAACCAUACUAAGCAAGUCUGACUUACUUUUGUGUGGUUUUGCUGCAUAUAGAAGUAUGUCUGCACCAACUCUCUGAUGCAUGAACUACUCAUCAGUGUACUGAAAAUACUUGGUAAAAUCUGCAGUUCAAUGUGGGUUCACUUCCUGGUUAAUCCUUCAGUUCCAGGUGAUGCUUCCAGACAUGGGUGAAUGAGCAGCUACAAAUCAUCCCUGUUCUACCUCCUGUUGCAAGUAGAAUAGCAGCUGCUUCCAGGUCUCUGGAACAGAGAUUGCAUUCUGUACUGGGCAGGCGGUCAUCCUCUCCUUAGCCCCAAAUGUUUUGGUGCAGAUGGUUUUCUGUUGGGACCAUAGCAUGGGAGGGGAACCUCCGGCCCAUAGAGCCUCCUUGGAUUCUGUCAGGGGGCAGAGCUUGGCCUCCAAGCUCUACCUUCUGAAGAAACCCCCACUGUUAUCUCCAAUCUCAGUUCAAAGAUAACUGCAGGGAGGUGGCAGCUAUUCCUUCCUUCCUUCCUGCAGGGCCAAUGGACACACAUUUCCAAGCCCGAGAUAUACCAUGAGAGGCAAAAGUGCUUCACCACAUACGUGCAGUAAAGAACUCUAUGUCAUUCAUUUGUCACAUUUUGGAAUAUUCAA